CUUUCGUUUUCUCACGUUCAUCCAUUCCUUCUGCCAUCUUUCCUUUUCCCUUGCUUCUUUUAUUCUAGUUUUUAUUCUUGAAUACGGACAAUUUCCAGCCACUGUUCACAACAUCCUGCACGUAGUUUGCUCACUCUGCUCAUGUCCCAAUCCGAUGCUGCCAAUGUCAGCAAUGACCUUGAACAUCUUGAAUUGACCCGCGAGCUUGCUGCCGCACAAGCACAGGAACAAAGUCAGAAUCGGAGGCAGCAACCACCUAUGGUGCGCUCGCCACAUUCUCCAAAAAAUCCUCGCAGAGUCUCCGUAAGCUCCAACGCUUCAUCAUCCACUGUAAAAUAUCAACCACCACUGCAGGGGCUGCCAUUGGAAGGAGGACUGAGCCACACUGGAUCAGGAAUAGUGCCAUCAAGCUCCAAAGGAUCGACAUCGUCUUAUUCUGCAGCAUCCAAACGGCCUAAAGCACCGUAUAGAUACUCGACUGCUCUUCUCAACUCUGAUGGAGCAGCAUCAAGUAGUCGUCGUAGACAUUCUACUUCAAGCAAACGUCCUGGAUCCAGCCGUUCGUCUAUCCGACAGCGCAAUCAGUCUUCUGAAGACGAUGAGGACGGUAACAGCCAGAAAGAUGAUGAUGGCGUACGAUCGCAUCACAGUCGAUUGCGGCGGGGUCACUCUCGGAAAUCUACUCGUGACUACGAUGAACGAUCAAUGGAGGGUCGUAAUCACUAUGGCGGUCGCUCCAGCGAUGACGAGGAAGAUGAAGACGAGGCAGAUGAAGACGAGGACGAAGAUGACCGUGGAAGCGACAUCGAACACUUGACGCUGAAGGAUAGACAAGAGACCCUCAAUCAAACCCACCCGUUCGGUUUACCACUUUGGAAACCAGCAUUGUACAAAAAGUCGCGAUCUGUCAUCCGCAAAGCCAACUCGGCUUUACAUUCGCAACCAUCGCCAGACCUAUAUCUCUCAGUCGGAAAUGUACUCUGGACUCUCAUUUUUGGCUGGUGGCUUGCACUUGUGUGCUUCAUGAUCGCUCUCAUACUGUAUCUAAUACCUUUUGGAGGGGCAGCCUAUGCACGGGUUGUUCUUGGGCUAAGCUACUAUCUAUUCUGGCCAUUCGGGCAGUACGUUGAGCGUGAAUUAUCACCUGGUGAAUUCAGGACUGACAAUUUGCGUACCCCAGAUUAUGGUGGUCAAGCAAAUGGGAGCGAUGAGUCCCGACCUUUACUUUCAAGAGGUAGCACAGCGACAGGGCGAGAGCAUAAGGAGCCGAAACUUCGUCGGAUAUUUUUCACUAUCAAAAAUUUACCUCGGUAUAUUUAUGAAUUGGGUCUGGGUGGUAUUGUCUACUAUAUCUUUUACUACCUCCUGAUCGGUCCUCUGCAUUUGUUUGUCUCUUCCCUGUGUUGGUUCAUGGUUGUCUCAAUUCCUAUGGGGAAGUUCACUUAUGUGCUGGCAACGCAUUUGCACCAGCAUCCUUUGCGACUUAACUUUAAGCGUGGCAGCUCUUUGACUCUUUCUCCUCAACGUUCAGAGAUCCUGCUCUGCACAUACGAUGCUAUUGGCCUCCAAUACUACAAAUACACCUAUGACGGAACCAAUAUUAUCUUUAUCAACUUGCUGCCUGUCGUACUUUUCACUAUUCUCGAUGAAUAUGUUCUGACAGAUGUGCUAGGACAUGAUUCGAUACUGACGUCGUCCGCUGUGAUUUUCUCGCUGGGAUUGGCAUCUGUUAUUCCGCUUUCAUAUUUUAUUGGGAUGGCUGUCUCAUCUAUUUCAGCUCAGUCGUCAUUGGGGAUGGGGGCUGUUAUCAAUGCCACUUUUGGCUCUGUUAUAGAGAUUAUUUUGUACACUGUUGCGCUAUCACAGGGUAAAGGACUAAUCACAGAAGGUGCAUUGAUUGGAAGUUUCUUGGCGGGACUGCUGUUGAUGCCUGGCAUGAGUAUGAUGAGCGGCGCUGUCAAGAAGAAAGAACAAAAGUUUAAUGUUAAGAGUGCUGGUGUGACUGCAACAAUGCUUAUCAUGGCGCUCAUUGGAGUAUUGACGCCUACGCUAUUUUACUCCAUUUAUGGUCGGUUUGAACUGCGUUGCACUCCUUGUCCAGAAAGCGUAUCCCUGCCGAUUGAAACAAUAUGCCAUCGUUGUUAUCAUCAUCAACCCAAUCCUACGGAUGACAUGUUUUUCCAAAAGAACGUCAAGCCGCUAAUGUAUUUUUGCUGCAUUGUCCUCCCCUCUGCAUACUUGAUCGGUAUUUGGUUUUCACUCAGGACGCAUGUAAAGCAGAUCUGGCAUGAGCCUCAGCACCCCUCCACACGCGACUCGUCCAUCUACAGAAAAUUGCUACCAACACAUAUUGUUCAACAGCUUCUUCAUUACGGAGCCAACACACAGGCAACUUCUAUACAUCGAGCGCCUAUGCAUGCUGAUGAAGACGCUGAACUGGGACAUGCAGGAGUUCGGUCGUCAACAGACUACCUGACGGCGUCAGCCAGCGGUUCAACGGCGGGAAGGCGACCUCCAUAUUCAGCUCCGGCUACGAGUGGAGCUUCGUCGGGACCAGCAUCGGCGUCGGUCCUUCAUCCUGCUGCUCAGGGUCUGCUUUCGUCACUCACCAUAGAGCAUGAUUCGCUGAAGCAUAUGCAUGAGGACGAGGAAAAUGAAGCUCAUGGAGGACACGACUCUCCAAAUUGGUCCAAGGCGAAGAGUGCAACUGUGCUAUUGGUCUGCACUAUACUUUACUCGGUCAUUGCAGAAAUUUUGGUUAAUAGUGUGAAUGCUGUUUCAUCGAUUGAUGAAAAGUUACUCGGAUUGGCACUGUUUGCACUUGUACCGAAUGUGACAGAGUUCAUGAAUGCUAUCUCGUUCGCGAUGUAUGGCAAUAUUGCACUAUCUAUGGAGAUUGGAUCAGCAUAUGCUCUGCAGGUGUGUUUAAUCCAAAUUCCGGCGAUGGUGGCAAUUUCUGCGUGGUUGAAUUAUGGCAAGGACGAGGUUUGGAAGUAUACGUUCAACCUAAUAUUUCCACGCUGGGAUGUGUUUGCGAUGUUGUUCUCCGUGUUCUUGUUGACAUACACCUACAUUGAAGGGAAGAGUAAUUAUUUCAAAGGCAGUAUCCUUAUUUUGAGCUAUUUAGUCCUCAUGGCCGGGUUCGUCUAUGCACCUGCUUCCCCAGGCAAUGGAGACGUGAGUUUUACGACGGCAUUCUAAAUGAUAAUGAUAAUAAUAAUAAUAAUAAUAGCGAUAGUGGUAAUAGUGGCAGUUGUAAUAGUAAAAUAGUUACUUUUUUC